GGACAUUCCAGGAGAUGUCACCACAGAAAAUCCCAGUAUGAAUUCUGGGAAGGGAAACCUCAUUUUAUUACUGAAUUAUAAAGCAGAAGAUGAAGAUAUCAUGUUGCGCUCUUCAGGAGAAAAUCUCAUUACCCUUAAUGUAUAUCCACAACUUCACAGUACAGAUCUAUCACAUAAUCGUCCUAUUCAUGAGGAGCCUUCCCCUGACCAGUCACAGUUUGUUACCACAAGUGCAGGUCAAAACAGGGUUAAAAGGUUUCAACAUGUUGAAGAGUUAACAAAAAGAUCAAUUAUUUCUACAUACAGAAGAGUUCAUACAGGGGAGAAGCCAUACUCCUGUUCAGAAUGUGUGAAGUGCUUCAUAAAGAAAUCAAGUCUUGUUAACCAUAAAAGACUUCACACAGGAGGCAAGCUGUAUUCAUGUUUAAAAUGUGGGAAAUGCUUUACAAAUAAAUCAGAUCUUGUUGUACAUGAAAGACAUCACACAGGACCGAGACCAUAUUCAUGUUCAGAAUGUGGGAAAUGUUUAAAAAAAAAAUCACAUCUUGUUAGACAUGAAAGAAUUCACACAGGAGAAAAGCCAUUUUCAUGUUCAGAAUGUGGAAAGUGUUUUACAGAUAAAUCAAAUCUUGUUAGACAUGAGAGAAGUCACACAGGAGAGAAGCGGUAUUCAUGCUCGAAAUGUGGGAAAUAUUUUACAGAUAAAUCGAGUCUUGUUUCCCAUGAGAGAAGUCACACAGGAGAGAAACCAUAUUCAUGUACAGAAUGUGGGAAGUGUUUUACAGAUAAAUCAAAUCUUGUUAUACAUGAGAGGAGUCACACAGGAAAUAAACCAUAUUCAUGUUCAGAAUGUUGGAAAUGUUUUACAGAGAAAUCAAGUCUGGUUAGACAUGAAAGAAUUCAUACAGGAGAAAAGCCGUAUUCAUGCUCAGAAUGUGGGAAAUGUUUUACACAAAAACCAAGUCUUGUUUCUCAUGAGAGAAGUCACACAGGAGAGAAGCCAUAUUCGUGUUCAGAAUGUGGAAAAUGUUUUAAAACUAAAUCAAAUCUUGUUACACAUGGGAGAAGUCACACGGGAGAGAAGCCAUAUUCAUGUUCAGAAUGUGGGAAAUGUUUUACAGAGAAAUCUAGUCUUGUGAGACACGAAAGAAGUCACACAGGAGAGAAGCCAUAUUCAUGUUCAGAAUGCGGGAAAUGUUUUAAAACUAAAGCAUAUCUUUUAACACAUGAGAGAAGUCACACAGGAGAGAAACCAUAUUCAUGUUCAGAAUGUGGGAAAUAUUUUACAGACAAAUCAAGUCUUCUUAGACAUAAGAGAAUUCACACAGGAGAGAAGCCGUAUUCAUGUUCAAAAUGUGGAAAAAGUUUUACACAAAAAUCAAAUCUUGUUAAACAUCAGAUAUGUCACACUGGAUAAAAGAAGAGAUAAGUACAUGUCUUGAAAUAUGUUUUGGGUCAGAUUCAAAUGAAAAAGUCAAUAAACAGCCUGUUUAAAGGGAAUCUUUCACCAACUUUUUACUAAUAAAAUUAACUGUAAUGGCCAGCCUUACAUGGUAAAACAAUUCCGAUCAUAAAUGUUUGUCACCAGGGUGUGCACUGAAUUUAUCCAUACCUCCCUACUCUUCCUCUUCUCUCCCCUUAUGUUGUGGUACUUCAAUACCAAAUCUGCACAGAACAUAUCCCCGAGGCAAGAGCCCGCAAAAUGGAAUGUAGCGAGCAGGUGCUGGAAAAGCAUCAGAGGGCACCUGCACAAGAUUUGGAAACAAUGCACUGUGACGUCAGAGGAGAUGGAAGGAAGGCUUGGGAAGUUAGGAGAGGAGGAGACACUGGGGAAAGAGGAGGGCUUGGUCAUUUUCAAAAGGAAAACCUAUCUAGCUGGGCACUUUGGAUCUGAUUUGCAUAUGAAUAGAAGUUCUUCUUCUGGGCAUUCAUUGCAUAACCUGGUGACAAACAGGUAUGCUCAUAAAGGUUAUACCAUGUACUGCUGGCAAUUGCAGGUUGUUUCAAUAGUGAAAUGUGGGUGACAGAUUCCCUUUAAUAACACUCUGCACUGUUCACUUUGUUAUACUCAUAAAAAAAAUGCCUAAAAAUUAUUCCUUUUUGAGAAAUGUGGCUGGCAGUGUUUACACAUGGUGGUGUCAGAAGAAGCAAUGGCUUGUUUCGAUCAAGCAUUCUCCCUAUUUUUUGGAGCAGCAGCAGUAUAGUAUGGAACCUGACAGAUAAGGCAGGAGAUGUGCAGCUGUGUAAGGAUAGUAGAAAAGGCAGCGGGGGCAGUAGUAGCUGCAAGGCCAACGGUAUAGUAUGGAACCUGAGAGAUAAGGCAGGAGAUGUGCAGCUGUGUAGAGGUAGUAGUAAUGGCAGCAGUGGCAGUAGUAGCUGCAAUGUCAGCAAUACAUUAUGAAACCUGACGGACAAGGCAGGAGAUGUGUGGCGAUGUAGGGUUCGUAGCAGUGGCAGCACAGUAUGGAACCUGAUAGACAAGGCAGGAAAUGUGUCUGUAUAGGAGUUAGUGAGUAUAUUGUGGAAAUAGAUGACAGAUACAGCCAGGGAACUGCACUGAAAUUCUGAAUUACUUGGUGAGAAGACAGGGAGAAGUAGUUUCAACAUCCCCAUUGAUGAUCCAAUCUCCCUAUAGGCCUCACUUUCCUUCUAUAAUCUUCUCUCUCGGCCUCAAACAGCUCACUUCCUCAUGCCUCUGCUCACUCCCUGACUUUAUUAGCUCAUGCUUCCCACUUUCUGACCACAAUCUUCUUUCCCUUACUAUAUAAAUCUCUCACUGUUCUCAUGACCGUCCUACUUUUCACACAUACAGAAGCCUACUCACCAUUUACUCCCAGCAGCCUAUUAGAUAAAAAGGUCAUAAAACUGUAAUUUUUUCAGUUAGCCAUUAAAAGGAAUCAGCCACUGAGGAAUCUCAUUCCUGUUUUUGUAUAUUCUAUUUACUGAGCCCCCUUUUGUGCGGAUCUGGCUGCCAAUCAUUACAACCAAACUCUCAAAACCAUCCUGGCACACACCUAAAUACAUUUUCUCCAGUGGUUCACUAGGUGUGCUAAAUGCUCUUGGAGAAAAUUACAAGUAUCUGCAGAUUUUCUCUAUUAUAAAUUUAUAUUUAAUACUUACAACUCUGCCCCCACCUUGCAAAAAAAAAAAAAAAAUACUAUUUUACCUUUCUUAUCUCCUCUCUUUUAAAUAACCAAAAAUGGUUCUGUAAUACUUUUCACUCCCUUCUAAGCCCUAAAGUGCAUGUGCCCAUCACUGAUCUUUGUGCUGAAGACCUGGCCACUUACUUCAGAGAUUAAAAAAAAAACAGCCAGCAAGGAAUAAUCUCCCAGUCUCCGACCGGCUUCGAUCCCCCU